GAGACAACAUGGCGCCGCGCAGCCGGUAUUAAUCGUUUUUGGAGAUUCAAUACAAACCCAAAGGGAACGACUGCGCCGGAAAUCAGCUGCUCAAAACAAAAUGUGGGGCUGGACCCUGAGAGAGAUUACUCGAGCUUUUCAAGAAGGUCGAAUCAGUCCAACUGAGCUGUGCCAAAGAUGUCUGUCUUUAAUCAGGAAGACAGCCUUCCUGAAUGCCUACAUUACCGUCACUGAGGAACUUGCCAUGCAGCAGGCAACAGCAGCAGAGCAACGGCUGCAAAGAGGCAAAUCCUUUGGUCCCUUAGAUGGGGUUCCAAUAGCUGUUAAGGAUAACUUCAGCACAGCUGGUGUUGAGACGACAUGUGCAUCAAACAUGUUAAAAGGCUACAUUCCCCCUUUUAAUGCCACGGUUGUCCAGAGGUUACUGGAUCAAGGUGCUGUUCUUGUGGGAAAGACCAAUCUUGACGAAUUUGCAAUGGGGAGCGGGAGUAUUGAUGGCAUUUUUGGACCAGUGAGAAAUCCUUGGGGAUAUUCCGAACAGUACAGAGAACGAUUUGCUCGUGACCAGAAACUGGAAGAUUCCAAUUGGGUUAUUGCAGGCGGUAGUUCUGGAGGUAGUGCAGUAGCAGUGGCUUCACAGACCUGUUUUGCUUCUCUAGGUUCAGACACGGGUGGUUCCACACGCAAUCCUGCAGCCCACUGUGGUAUUGUGGGAUUCAAGAGUUCCUAUGGUUUGCUAUCUCGUCAUGGUCUCAUACCGUUAGUCAACUCUAUGGAUGUUCCUGGUAUUAUGACCAGGUGUGUAGAUGAUAUAAGCACGGUACUAGGUACACUUGCGGGGCAUGAUCCAAAGGACUCUACCACAAUACAGGACCCCUUUGAACCCUUUGAAUUACCUGAUGAGAUUGAUGUAAGAAAUCUGAGUGUGGGGAUCCCAAAGGAAUAUCAUGCCCCAGGAUUGUCCAGUGAAGUCCUGAAAACCUGGAUAAAGGCUGCAGACCUAUUUGAAAAUGCAGGUGCCAGAGUUGUUGAAGUCUCCCUACCUCAUACCCAAUACUCAAUUGUCUGCUACCAUGUCCUGUGCACAACAGAAGUAGCGUCAAACAUGGCACGCUUUGAUGGACUAGAAUAUGGGCACCGCAGUGAAAUCGAAAGUUCCACAGAAGCCUUGUAUGCAGCAACCAGGCAUGAAGGAUUCAAUGAUGCAGUCAGAGGAAGAAUCCUGGCCGGAAAUUACUUCCUUUUAAAACAGAAUUAUGAUCACUUCUUUGUAAAAGCCCAGAAAGUGAGACGUCUCAUUGCCAAUGACUUUCUGAAGGUAUUUGGAUCUGGUAUUGAUGUGCUGCUUACACCCACAACCCUAAGUGAUGCCUUCACGUAUCAUGAGUUCAUCAAAGAAGAUAACAGGACAAGGAGUGCCCAAGAGGAUAUUUUUACACAAUCUGUAAACCUAGCAGGUUUGCCUGCUGUGACAGUCCCGACUGCUCUAUCAGAAAGAGGAUUGCCACUGAGCAUUCAGUUUAUUGGACGAGCUUUUUGUGAUAAGCAGCUCCUAACAGUUGCCAAAUGGUUUGAGCAGCAAAUGAAUUUUCCACAUAUUAACAUCCAGGGACUAUUAAAUCAUUACAAUGAGCUUCACAAACCCCACAAUUCAGUUGGAGCUAUCUGAAAUUACAAGUUUGUAAGGUGUAAAAGUUUGAAAUGACCUUUUUUUCUAUAAAAAUUAAAUUCAGCUGUCAGAAAUACA